AUGUAUUAUCCACCUGUUGUCCGCCUCCUUGCAAAAUCAGCAUUCAAGGAGUAUUUUUAUGUCUUUCGUCCGGCGGCUGAAUCCAAAAUUGUUGGGAAAAAUUCUCCCUCACAACACUUUGUUACAAUAAUUUUACACUUUCAUUAUGUCCUUCUUUCUUUCUUUCUUUCUUUCUUUCUUUCUUUCUUUCUUACAAUAGUUUUAGACUUUCUCUUCCUUCCUUUCAUUACUGCCUUUCUUUGUUACAAUAAUUUUCCACUUCCUUUUCCGUCCUUUCAUUACCGUCUUUCUUUCUUUCUUUCUUUCUUUCUUUCUUUCUUUCUUUCUUUCUUUCUUUCGAUAACUGUAGAUUUUUCUUUUUCUCUUUCUUUCUUUCUUACAAUAAAUUUACAUUUUGUUUUUCAUUCUUUAUUUCUUACAAUAGUUUGUAUGCUCGUUCUUUCUUCCGUGUGUUCAUUUAGGAUUUUGCUUCUUUCUUUUUCUUCGGCAACAUGUCUAUACCGAAUAUGUGAUUCUUUAACAGAUCACAAAGCAUUGAAAUUUCCUGUAAGUAUGAAUACCAUUUUUAUCUAUCUAUCUAUCUAUCUAUCUAUCUAUCUAUCUAUCUAUCUAUCUAUCUACACGCGUGUGUGCUUCUGUUUAUCUAUAUAG